GCCUGAUCUUCACAUUUUAGUAUUCAAUUCGUCUGACCAAUCGCGCGCCCAGCCCAUGAUUCGCCAUCGAAUCGGGUUUCUCUACCAAAACUGCCGCCACCAGGCAGCACCACGGAAGCGGCGGCAGAUCUCAUCCACGCCGCAUCUAGCUUCGUGGGUAGACAAAGUCAAGACCGUCUUCACUGGACAAAAGCCUUCCGGGACCUUCACGCUUCUAUCUUUUGCGAAUGAGCUGAGCAAUGCGAGGAAGUUGUCAAAUUGGAAGCAGUACUUGGUGGGGAGAAGUAGUGACGCCACUUUCGCUGAUGCCUUUGCUAAGCAAGAAGCCAUUCUUCGUUGCCUUGGCGGAUUUGAUCCCACUGGAGAGAAUCUUCAAAAUAGUCAAAAGCAAGAGGCGGCAAAGAUAUGCAAAUGCACAAUAACAGAAGUUGAGAAUGCUUUGGCGAAGUAUACCUGGGCGAAAGAUGCACAAAAGAAGCUUGAGAGGCUGAAGGAAGAAGGAAAGCCCAUGCCAAAGAGCAUGGCUGAGAUUCAACAGCUGAUGGGAUCAACUCCUAUGGAUCUUGCGCGCUCAAACUUGGCAAAGAGUGGACAAAUUAGUAGGAAUGCACCCUGCCCCUGUGGUUCAAAUAAGAGAUAUAAGCGGUGUUGUGGGAAGGAUUAAAAACCUCGGUGUUGCAAGGAACAAAAAGGUGGGAUGCCGUUAAAGACUUGAAUACAAUGGACGGUUGCACAAGUGUAUCAUGGCUAAUGGCUAUACAGUCCCUGUGGAUUUUUAUAUUUGUUUUUGCAGUUGCUUUGAGUCUAUCUACAUUUUAUCAUCUGCUAUAUGACAACUUUACAUUUGAAAGUGCUGUGGCUGCCACCAAUGUGAUCACGGCGAAGAAUUUACAGAUAUUUCUUGGGUCAAACUUGGCUGGUCCACAUGU